AUGAUCACAUCAUCGCCACUGAAAAUGAGCAAACUACAAACUGCUCUGGCAAUCCUUGGAACGUUGUGCUUGACUGCCAUCAGUGGAUACAAAAAUGGAAAAGUGGAGAAAGCUUGUGAGAGCAUGAUGCCGGAGCAUCAUGGCCAUCCCAACACUACUGUCAGUCCAUACACACUGACUGUGAAUGUCAGUAAAUUCACUUUAGGAGAUCACAUCAAAGUCACUCUCUCUGGAGAAAAGCACUUUGAGGGCUUUCUGCUUCAGGCCCGAGAUGCCACAAACUCUACUGGACCUGCUGUUGGCUCCUUCACAUUGGUCAACCCCAAGAUUUCUCAGCUUUUAAUGUGCAACAGCAUAGAGGGCUCUGCUGUUAGUCACACCAGCAAUGCCAAACAGACAGAAAUUCAGGUGAUCUGGAUUGCCCCGUCCAACGCUCCUCCCACUGUACAGUUUCUUGCUUCAGUGGUUGCCCACUACAAGAUUUUCUGGGUCAAACUUCCUGGUCCAAUCAUAUCUCAAAGUGGUGUGACUUCGGCUCCAUCUCAAUCUACCACCACUGACAUGUCUACAAUCUCUGGAACCACCUGUAUACUGCCUCAGCCCUUCACCUCAGAGGGUUGUGGCAGGUGGAAAUCUUGUCUCAUUGAUCCUGCUGGCUGCAACCCUUCUGUGGACACAAACUGCUUCUUCCUUUCCUAUUCCAGUGUAGGCCAGUCAGUUCAGUUUGAGCUCAGCGGCCCAGCACAGGGAUACAUAUCCUUUGCUCUGUCCAAGGAUAAAUGGAUGGGAGAUGACGAUACAUACUUGUGCAUAAAUGACGGUGGUCUUGUUAGUGUGGAUGCAGCAUACACAACAGGGAGAAAGUAUCCACAAGUGGCAUCCAAGUCUGUGCUGACUGAUGUAGGCUGGAGAGUUUCAGAUGGGGUGAUUCAGUGCAGGUUCUCUAGGGCCAUUCACACCCCUCAGGACCCGGUCCGGUUCAGCCUCAAUCACAGUUAUUAUUUGUUCAUCGCACAUGGAUCUUCUGAAUAUGGUAUGAUCCAUAGACAUAAUAGGCAGCCACUGAUAUCAACCCACUCUCAGGUCAUUACCGGCCCUCCAGAAAAACUGACAGGCUCACGUUCCCCACAGCUCAUGAAAUGCCAUGGAGUGCUUAUGCUGAUUGCCUGGAUGCUAGCAGGAAGCACUGGAACAUUAAUGGCCAGUUAUUUUAAACCUGAUUGGCCGGAACAAACACUGUUUGGACAAAAGAUAUGGUUUCAGGUGCAUCGCGGAUUGAUGUCAAUUACAUUGUUGCUCACAGCUGUUGGCUUCAUCUUUCCCUUCAUUUACAGACAAAAAUGGAGCACAAAAGCAGGUGCUCAUCCAUACCUAGGCUGCACUGUUAUGAUUCUCACUUUCUGUCAGCCUAUAAUCGCUGCUUUCAGACCAGCCCCGGACUCCGCAAGGAGGUGGAUAUUCAAUUGGUUGCACUGGGGUGUAGGAAAUGCUGCUGAAUUUAUUGCUGUGGCUUCCAUGUUUGUUGGAAUACAGCAACAGUCUCUUUUGCUCCCUUUCUCAUGGACCACAGGGGUGCUUUCUGGGUUUGUGGUUUGGACCAUUGCUAUAAAGCUAGUUUUACGACUUCAUAAGCAAGGUCUUAUUAGAAAAGGGAGUGACAAUGAAGAUGAGUUUCCAGUUCUUUCAAACUUUUCUGGGAAGGAAAACUGGGAUACAAAGUUUAGAGUGGCUGUCCUUGCUCUUUUUGUGCUUGGAAACUCAGCAUUCUGUAUCUCUCUUCUCAGCUCCAUAGGUGACAUAUAA